AUGGUAUGUCCCACUAUCAAAGAGAAGAAAAAGAUCACAAGAGAACUUGUUCAAAUUGUUUUAGCACAGAAACCUAAAUGUGCAGCUUCCUUGAGUGGCAAGAUUCUGAAGAACGUUUACGAAAGAUAUGCUAGUCUGUAUUUUUGCUGUGAAGAUCAGGACAAUGAGCUAAUUACCCUAGAAAUAAUUCUUCAUUAUGUGGAAUUACUUGACAAGUAUUUUGGCAGUGUGUGUGAACUUGAUAUCAUCUUUAAUUUUAAGAAGGAGUAUUUUACUUUGGAUGGGUUUCUCCUGGGAGGGGAAGUUAAGGAAACAUCCAAGAAAAAUGUCCUUAAAGCAAUUGAAUAG